AUGUCGAAGGCGAGAGUAGUCUUUUCAUACCAUAUUGUUGGCGGCCCUGGCCCAGCACCGCAUGUCAACGCAACAAGUUUGGCACUAAAACUCCACCGCCUAUCUUGGCCCCUUCAUCUGGUGCCCAUACAAAUCUGCGCUGUAAAUCAAACGAAGCGUAGUGGGGGGUUGCCCAGUGGGUUGCCAAUCCCACUGGACAAGGAAAACCUGAAAUUUUGGCUACUAUAUAGGCAUCUAAAUUCAAAUUUUCGGGAAGCCUUUUGGGUGUUUUCGAGGGGUGAAUCAUGUGCUGAACAAGGCAUACCUCGGGAGACCCUUCUAGAGAAGGGUGUGAAAAACUUCUGGCUAGGAACGGCCCGAACGGCUACCAACGCUCGCCUAGCGCUACACCUCGAGGACAGGUCUGGUGCUAUUCUCUUCACCUUAUCUAAUUUCCGUAUUAGCACUACAACUUCAAUGGAGCUUCCUCUUCGACUUCGAAAUCAACCAGAACCUCCCUCACUACCCAUCCUCAACACCACAACCACACGGCCACCUUCUGAAGGGCAAGUUCAUGCUAAGAAUCUACUGGCCCAGGACCCUGGCUACUUUCCGAUGCAAAAGACGUCUUCGUUCUCGCUCAACCUCUUCCUUGACGAACUCCCAGCUUUCGAGAGCGUGUGUAGUUGCGUGCCGCACGCCUGGGACUUCGUCGCCGAACGUUCCUACCACUGGGCUGUCACCUCCAUCUCCACCACCAUCCAAAACGCAGUCCACGUCCAUACCAUCGCCCGAGACCCUCAAGUCCCAGAACAAGGGCAAUGGGGACGCGGCUCCCUUCCUCCAAUACUCCCCCCCUCCCUCCGCCCUUCGGUACUUCAAUACAACAUUUGUGAUUUCGCUUGCCUCACCAUGGCGCUCAUUCUCGACAAAGCCGUUAAGGGGAUUAAUGUGGCACUAGAUAUCAGGUAUGAUGGGCAAGUGCUUUACCACUAUAUACACUCUGUAAUCCUAAUCAUUGGGAUCCACGGACACUAUAUAAUUGACCUCACCCGCCACCAGUUUGGCUUCCCUGCCGUGAAGUCAGCAAUACGAUACGUUACAAUCACGUGCAUUGUAGAGUUGUAUACAGUAAUCACGGGUCACGUGCCCGGGUCACGUGCCGAGGGUCUAGUCGCCCGUGUAAUUUUUGGUAGCUUGGGGGCCCAGAUUUGUAUGGGAAAAUCCACCUUCUCCUAA